AGCGGCCUAUCCCCCGGGUGUUUCUGGGAUUUGUAGUUCAGAGACCACAAAAUGGCGUCAGCGGAAGUCUUGGAGCAUACACGAGCUAGGUCACAUUGGUGCCGUUUUGUAAUGUUUUGAGCAGCUCUGCUACGAUGGAGGCAACAAACACAGAGGAAGUCCCUCUAAGGCACGUGGAGAAGGAUGUUCUGAUCCCCAAGAUGAUGAGGGAGAAAGCCAAGGAGCGCUGUGCAGAAAGAGUUGAAGCCUUCAACAGCUGCUGCAAAGAGUCCGGCUUCUUUAUGGCGUUUAAGUGUCGAGAAGAAAACUCAGCCCUGAAGGAAUGCCUGACACAACACUACCAGGAUCCGGCGUUUUUCGAGGAGUGCAAACGACUGUACAUUCAAGAAAAACUGGAAUUUCAGCAGACGGGGAUACCGGCCAAGAACAGGACCCAGAAACUUCCAACCAGCAUGUAACACUCAAAAUGAUAACCACACGUCUUUCUUCAGACUCCAGGAAUUCUGGGUGCACUUCGGCCAAGUGUGCUUCUCAUACUCACUACAAGACUGCAUUGUGUGAAAAUCUUUGGCAUAUUUACCAUUUCUUUGGUUUGCAGUAGUGGAUUUUAUUCAAAUGAUCUUGUUUAAUGUCCAGUCCAACUGUAUAACGAGUCAUAGGUGAAGUAUGAAGAAAAAAUGACUACACAGGAUCAGUCCUGGGAAAUUCCUGGGACUGCAGUAUUUUAACCUGGAUGUUGCAUUUCCAGGUUAAAGUGUUGUAUAUGUGCUAAUUCGACUGGAUCAGUUGUAUCAAUGUCUCUGCUUGUUGUAUUUGCUUUGUCAUCAGCGCGAGACAUUGUGUGUUGCUUUUUGAAGAAUCAGAAAAAUAUUUGAAUGUUACAAAGAGAAAAGCUUAAAACAACCACUUGUAAUUAUGUGACGUUGUACAUAAUUUGUUUUCAGUAUAGGAAAAAAUUAUCAGAAUUAAAAAUAAAUGAAAAUGAA